GUGCAGAUCACAACUAUGCAGUGAAUGACCAUGGGAAAUGACUCCUCUGUGACUGAAUUUAUCCUUGUGGGAUUGACAGACCAACCUGAACUCCAACUGCCCCUGUUUUUCCUGUUUUUGGUGAACUACGUGGUUACCGUGGUGGGCAGUUUGUGCUUAAUGAAUUUAAUUUGUCUGAAUUCACACCUUCACACCCCUAUGUACUUUUUCCUCUUCAAUCUGUCCUUUAUUGAUCUCUGUUAUUCAUUUGUUUUUACCCCCACAAUGCUAUUGAGCUUUAUUUUAGAGAGGAACAUCAUCUCUUUUACAGGAUGCAUGACUCAGUUAUUUUUCUUCUGCUUUUUUGUCAAUGCUGAGUGCUAUGUAUUGACAGCCAUGGCCUACGAUCGCUAUGUGGCCGUCUGUAAGCCGUUGCUAUACCCAAUUGCUAUGUCCCCUCAGGUGUGUUCUUUGCUGAUGUCUGGUUCAUAUGUGCUGGGGCUUGCUGGUGCCGUGGUCCACACAGGGUGUAUGAUGGGGCUUAUGUUUUGUGAUUCCAACAUCAUCAACCAUUAUAUGUGUGACAUCUUCCCCCUCCUUCAGCUGUCCUGCAGUAGCACCUAUGUCAGUGAGCUUGUGGUUUCCGUUAUUGUGGGCACAGUUAUCAUAGUGUCUAGCCUUAUUAUCUUUACUUCUUAUGCCUUGAUUCUUUUCAAUAUCCUUCACAUCCAGUCAGCUCAAGGUUGGUCCAAAGCCUUUAGCACGUGUAGCUCUCACAUAAUAACAGUUGGUCUGUUUUAUGGAUUUGGGCUGCUCGCUUAUGUCAAGCCAUCUUCUGCUGGUUCUGUGGGGAAGGGAAAAUUUUUCUCAGUGUUUUACACCAAUGUGGUGCCCAUGCUGAACCCUCUUAUUUAUAGCCUAAGGAACAAGGAUGUCAGAAUUGCUCUGCAGAAAACCCUGAAGAGAAUUACAACCUGA